GGAGUAGAGUACCGAAAGCAGCACGUCUUUCUCACCAGAGAAAAUUCUCACCAGAGAAAAAGCGUACCUGCAAAGCGUUCUGCUUCCCAUUUUCCAUAUUCUCGCACUGCAGCGAAGCUUUCCCAAUGACAUCCACAACCCCAGGCUCCUUGUUUGGGGCGGCUGGUGUAGGGGCCACAACACAGCCAGGAAGCUUGCUGCAGAAUAACACAGCAAGCAUUUUUGGCAACACGCCCACAACACAAACAUCCUCGGGUGGAUCUUUGUUUGCAAAGCAGCCGCAGUCCCAACAGCAACCGACUCAGAGCUCUUUCCUCGGACAGAACGCGACGCAGCCUAGUGUCGCGCAACCGUUGCAGUUCUCCAACCAGACACAACCCGCUUUUUUCAAUAGCCUUUUAGAGCGCGGGAGAAAGAGGCCUUUUUCGACAAUCGGACCCAACAGCAAUUUCGACGAGCUGCCCACCUUGCAGCUGGGUCUCGAUGACAUCCGCAAAAAAGCGCGAGAGCUUGGUAGCAAGGAGACCAAGAAUAGUCAACAAUCUGCAGCGAAUAGCAAAGCUCACUAUAUGCUUGCUGCGUCCGGUGUCUCACCCGGGCACGCAUUACGGGACCUCAAGGCUCUAGAUCCGCAGGCAUCAUUAUCGGUAGCGCCGAAAGAACAGGAGACCUUCGAUCCAGAUAAUCAGAAAUAUCUAAGAAACCUGCAACAGCGCGGUCGUCAAGUUAUGAUAACCGAAAGCCUUGCCCGCACACAAAGAGAUUUUGAUCUGUUCCUGGAAGAAAAGCUCGACUUGAACUGGGAGGAACAACGACGGAAAAUAUUCCAGCACUUCGGAUUGACCCACAAGGAUGACAACACUAAGGAUGGAAGAAGUGCGUUUGGUCGUUCCGUCCACCGAGCGCAGCAGCUCGGUACUGCGUCUACCCACGGUCCCACAUCAACGUCGCGCCGGAGUGUCUUUGGACGUUCUGGCUUGGACAAAUCUGUCAUUGGGAUGCCAGGGAUUGGAGCGGCAGGCCUUCAGAUAUUCGAGGACCAAAUGGAGCGCAACGAUGGUUCGGGCGGUCACUCUUCUGAUCUUCGUUUUUUGAGGGAGAAGAUGGGCUACUACGCGGACAAAGUACAGCUGUUAAAUUCGGCCAGACUUCAAUCCCGAACGUUUCCUAUUCUACAUGAUUUCUCCGACGUUGAAGGGCGCGCAGGUGGCGAUGUUCCACGACAAUUGUACGAUGCCUACAGGGCCUUGAUCAGUAUUGUUGGGGAGUCACCGGAUGCGCUAAAUAUUUCGGACCCUAUCGCAUUGAGGGAGCGGCAAUUUUCCGCAGACUACUUAGAUGAAGCGCCAACCUCACGCAAAGCGAUGAAUCUCAGGAAUCGUAUAGUUUUGGGCUCGCGAUCAUUCCUUGAAAAGAAAUUCUAUACUGAUCUGGAUAAUAUGAUUGCGAAAAAUCCUAAAGAAGCACAACUUGGCGGCAUUCCAACCGUGAUCAACAAAAUCCGUGCUUAUAUCCGGCUCAGAGCCGCAAGAAGAGACCUUGCUCCGGACGGAACCGAGCUCCAGAUGGUUGGCGAGGAUUAUUGCUGGAUUCUCAUAUUCUAUCUUCUUCGCUGUGGUUUCGUCACGGAAGCAGCAGAAUACGUUAGCCAGGAUCCAGGUUUCCGUUCUUUGGAUCACAAAUUUGUGACAUACAUGACGACUUAUGCCCAAAAUAGGCGAUUGCCGAGAGACCUGCAACAAAAGAUUAACGGGGAAUACCAACAGCGGUCGCGAAAUGCCCCUGACAAUACUGUCGAUCCUUAUCGCAUGGCUUGCUACAAAAUAAUCGGGCGCUGUGAGCUCACCCGUAGACGGUUGGAAGGCGUCAAUCAGGGCGUGGAGGAUUGGAUGUGGCUGCAAUUCACGCUAGCCAGAGAGGAUGACCGCGCAGAGGAAAUUGCAGGGGAUGUUUUCGGCCUUGAAGACAUUCAAAAUGAUAUUACAGAGAUUGGGCAAAGGGUCUUUGGCAAAGGCCAAGACGGCCCCGAGGGCUACGGAACCUUUUUUUUCUUGCAGAUCUUAGGAGGCAUGUUCGAGCAAGCUGUCUCAUAUCUCCUGUCCUAUUCUCCAAUCAGUGCAGUACACUUCGCCAUUGCGCUGGCAUACUAUGGCCUGCUCCGUGUGUCGGAUUUCUAUAGCUCGGGCGAAGAACUAUUGUCUUUCACUGUGAAACAGUACCCACAGGUCAACUUCGCCUUGCUGAUCACCCAGUACACUAAGGAAUUCCGCACAGCAUAUGUUGAGGCAGCCAUAGAUUACUUUUCUUUGCUGUGCCUCAAUGCUGACUUGCCCGGUUCCUUGGGUAGAUCCCAAGCUUCUGUGUGUCACGAGGCUCUACGGGAGUACAUUCUGGAAACCAGAGAUUUUGCUAAGCUGUUGGGUGAUGUACGCUCUGACGGAAGCAGAAUCAAAGGUUUGAUCGAGCAGCGAAUUAGCCUGAUCAAACUUGUCGAUCAAGAAGAAUCCCUCAAAACAAUAACAGUGCAGGCGGCGGCCAUUGCCGACGACAAAGGUCUGAUUACAGAUGCAGUCCUCCUGUACCAUCUUGCCGAAGACUACGAUCGUGUCAUCGAUAUCAUCAACCGAGCUCUUUCCGACGCUGUCGCUAUUGACUUAGGAGCGCCACUCAUGAAGUUGCAACCUCUGAGACCUCGGGCUGAUUUGCAGAAGGGCAAUCAAGAUUCGAGGCAGGAAGCUCUGCUCGAACCUGGGAGCAGCCUCAGCCUAACUGCUGUGGAAGAUCCAGUAGUUUUAGCUAAGAACAUGAUUGGUCUAUACAACGUCAAUGCUUUAUACUAUCAACGAAUUCGUCAAGUCAAUCGUGACUCAUGUGGGCUAUUGCUUCGCAUGAUGGAAGCGAAGGCAGAAGUUGAAGCAGGAAAAUGGACUUCUGCUCUUGAUGCUAUCAAUGACCUGAAUCUCCUUCCUCUACGGGCAAGAGGCUCUGUUCCUUAUAUCCGAAGUGCUGCCCAAGCUUUCUCGUCCUUUCCUGCCAUAAUCUCCCAUAACGUUGGCCAUGUCAUCAUGUGGAGUAUCACCUGCAUUGGGCAUGAACGUGAUCGCCUUGGCUCCAGUGCGUACGACAAUGAGAUCAGACAGGGGCUAUCGGAUGAGCUGUUGGUCAUGGCCAAGGACUUGAUGGUAUUCUCGGGCAUGGUCAAGUAUAAGCUGCCGCCCAAAGUGUACGAAACGCUUGCGCGCGCUGGGGCGGAGAUUGGAGCGUAUUAAGAAAUUCCCUUCAGCUCAUUGGAUUUUAUGUGCAAGAUUCAGGUCCAUGUGCCCUUUGUUCUUGGGACUCUACCGAUCCACAUGUAGUAGUUCUUAGAUAGCAUAGGGACUUGAAAUACAAAAUGGC